CCUUUAAGCGCCUGGUGUUGCGUCAUAGCGUCACUCAGUCGUCACACUCUGGCUCCGGCACGGGAGGAAACGGCAGAAGAACAAAAUGGAGGAAUAUGCCAGAGAGCCGUGUCCCUGGAGGAUUGUGGACGACUGUGGGGGUGCGUUCACCAUGGGGGCCAUUGGAGGUGGAAUAUUCCAAGCAGUAAAAGGCUUCAGGAACGCACCUUCGGGAAUGAAUCACAGAAUGAGAGGCAGCAUGACUGCUAUCAAGACCAGAGCUCCACAGCUUGGAGGUAGCUUUGCAGUGUGGGGAGGCCUCUUCUCCAUGAUCGACUGCGGCCUGGUGAAGGUACGCGGGAAGGAGGAUCCCUGGAACUCCAUCACGAGCGGUGCCAUGACAGGAGCCAUCCUCGCCGCCAGAAAUGGACCAGUGGCCAUGGUGGGCUCUGCGGCUAUGGGGGGCAUCCUGCUAGCCUUGAUAGAGGGCGCCGGAAUCAUGCUGUCUAGGUUUGCCUCCUCACAAUUUCCAACAGGCCCUCAGUUUGCAGAGGAGCCAGCCCCCGCCCCCAUGCCCGCCGCGCCCUUUGGAGACUACCGACAAUAUCAGUGAAAGGACCGGUUGCCUCUCGCCCUUCUUUAGCAGUUUUUUUUUUUUUUUUUUAAAUUCCUUGUGGGAGUUACAAAGUGGGAAUGGAGAUGACACAAAUGCACAUCCGUAACCAUAGAGACAAGUACACCCCUGUCCGCACCACAUGAUGAACUGAGACUGCACAGUGACAUCUUCAUUUUCAUUUAAAAUGCACCUUUUUUUCCAGACGUGCGGCGGAAUCCCCAAAAGGGUGCGGACGCGUGCGCGCGCACACACACACACACAAAUACAAAGGCAGAACUAAAAAUGGAUGGAAAAUUUUAUUAAAAAGAAAAAAAACUACAAAGUUUAUACAUACACCAUCUGUGAAUGAUCUUGGCAAUAGUUUCCUUUUAGAAGUGGAGUUUGGCCUUAAAGCACAAAUGUCCCUCACUGCUUGUCAUUAGCCACUUUGCUAUUUACAUUUGCAUCUGUCUAGUGUCAAUUUUGUGAAUUCUUUUUCUCGUUAUACUGAGCAGCCGCACCCUUUGCAAUCAUUUCUUGUGGUGAAAUGGAAAGUACAAAAAAACACGUGCAUGAUAAAAAUAUGCCGUUAGCUGCCAAGCUUUUCACGAGUGAGCCAAAAACCACAAAUGGAAUAAAAUAAUACCUACCAUAAUAACAAUUACAUUAAUUUAUGACACAUCCCUGUGUCAUGAAAGUUCCAUUUUCUGUUUCUGUGGUUAUCACUGACAGUAUACCCUUUGUGGCAACUUCCUAAAAAGUUAUUUUUGACUUUUGCGGCGCAUUUUCCACAAAAUGUUGGUCAAACUCACAUUCAUAUUUGAAGGUUCCGCUGUACUGAUUUUUUUUUUUUUAAGGUGUUAUUUGGGAUGAAUACUUGUAGCCUAGCCACUGCAGAUGCUGGCCAGGCGAUCUGGUUGACUACGGAAUGCGAAGAACACAAAGCAUGAUUAAUUUAUUAUACUUUAGUGUACUGUGUAUACGUUUAAAGGCUCCCCCUUUGUAUUUGCUCGUUUGCCUUAAAUCCAACAUGCUCGAGCUCGCCGAGGUCUCUUUUUGCAUAUAAUACAUUGACUCCAGUUGGUUUCAAGAUAAUGUAUUUAUUUUUACAAUGUAAGGAGUCAACUGGGUGUUUUAUGCAGAUGUUCUUUUUGCAUUUUGAAUGCAAAAGAGACAGGAGGGAAAGGCAUGAUUGCAAAAGGCACUGCAACUGAAUGGUGGAACUCAUGCAAGGAACGGGUAGUUACAUCCUGUAUUCAGUCUCACUGAGAGAUUGUACUAUAAGACAAUAAACAGAAAUGUGUUUUAA